UUGUGAAAUUCCAAUUUUAAAAUCAAUUAUAUUUAGCUUACUUUACUAAUACAUGAUGACAUAGUCUGAACACUUAGGAAAUGGCCACAGGAGGUGUUGCACACGGUUGUCAACAGUGGGCGUUGCACCACAAGAACAAUUACUUGGAACAGAGCGAUGAGGUGCUAGCUUUGGAAUCAAUAUAUGAACCUGGAAAGGGAGUGGUAGGAUUAAAUGUUCUGAGUCGUCCUGAAAUAAAGGUGAAUGGUGAACCAAAGGAUGGAAUCUUUUCCAUACAGUUGGCUAUUCCUGUUGAUAACUCUGGCAGAACUGUGACAGUGGACAUAUGUAUGCCAUCUAAAGAGUUAGAAAAGGAUGUUGACUACUCUGUCUUUAGAAGAUCUGACUCAGGAAUGAGGAUUAUUGGCUCUGUGAGUGUCAAGUAUUUAUACCCUAUCAGCUUAACAAUUGUACUCCCCCAUGAAUACCCCAGUAGUGCUUCUCCAAAGUUUACAAUGUCAUGCCCUUGGUUGACCUCCCCCCAGAUGACCUCACUGUGUCACAUGUUGGACAGGCUGUGGGAGGAGUCAAUGUCAAUGCCAGUUUUGUUUACAUGGAUUACAUGGCUACAAGAGAAUGUCACAGAAUACCUAGGUUUAAGAGAUAAAGUAUUGCUGCAAGAUGAUUUUGAAGAUGGUGACAACCGAGUUAUAUCUGAUCACAUGCAAAUAGAGGAAGCUGUUACAAAUAUCAUGAGGUAUGAUCAGCACCGAGAUGAGGAGGAGUUUCAACAGAACGAACAGGAGUGUGGGAUAUGCUUUGAUCAGCAGACAGGGACGGGUUUUCUGAGGUUAUGGCCUUGUAAACAUCACUUCUGUCAGGACUGUGUGAAUGAGCACUGCAGGACACACAUAAAGGAUGGCAAUGUUUUAAACCUUCUGUGUCCAGAAACUGACUGUAAAUCAGAAAUUCCACCAUCAGUAGUGUUGUCUAACCUUACUGCUGAGGAAUGUGAAAGAUACGAGACACUUUCUCUAAGGAAAGGACUGGAUUGUAUGGGGGAUAUUGUUUGGUGUCCCCGCUGUCAGAACCCCGUCAUUCGGGAGAAGGAGGCGGAGCUUAAAUUGGGUCAUUGUGUGGCAUGUUUUUAUAGCUUCUGUACAGAGUGCCAGGAACCAUGGCACCAGGGAAAAUGUUAUGCAGAACUUGAAGAGAAUGUGCAGGAAUUGUCCGAGUCUCAAAAAGCUGCAAAGAUGAUGGAGGAUAAAAGGCAGAGGAGACUGGCCCGUAAACGUGAAGAGAAGCUCAGCCGAGACAUCAUAGCCAAAACUUCACAACCUUGUCCAAAUUGCAAAAUGGACAUCUCAAAAAUGGCUGGAUGUAACAAGGUUACAUGCAUUUAUUGUAAUCACAGCAUGUGCUGGGCUUGUGGUAAAGACAUUACAAAGGAAUCAUAUGGACAUUUUGGUAUAUGUACCUUGACCACGAUUUCAACACAGUUUGAGGAAAACAACUUUUAUAACGAUGGCGGAGUAAUAGAUGUACCAGUAAUGUUUAGACCUGUACAUCUACGAGAUAAAGCCCCAAAUCCGAUUGCUGCAAAGAUUGAAAUGACCCUCGCAGUUGAUCCGGAACAGAAAAAUAACUUACUGAGAUGUCCAUUCUGCAAACAAAAAAAUCUUCGUAACAAUAAUGAUAACCACAUCCGCUGCUGGAACUGCUCUCGAAGUUCCUGUUUUCAGUGCAAAAAGGCCAUCUCUGAAAACCCAAUCACUAAACAUUUCUCUCCUCCAAGUCUCUGCAAACAACACUCAUCUUGACAAACAGCAUGUUGUAGCGGUGUACAUACGUGUUACUCCACUCUCUUUCAUAGUGUUAGCUGUCUUUAUUACAUGAAAUUCUGUGAUGGAUGUACAGUUGAACUGUAUAAACUAUUCCACUGAUGAAUUGAAAAGUAAUGAAAAUGACAUUUUUCUUUUGAUAGAUGUGAAAAAAAAUUUGAAAUUAAACAUUUCAAAGGUGGAUUUUUUAAAACUUGAAAUGUGAACAUUUUUAGUCACCUCAAUGAUGUUGGGGAAGCUUAGUAAUACCAUGGAUGUUCAAGAUUCAAGUUUUUGAAGCAGAUUUUUUUCCAAAUACUUCUGUGCCUUAUAUUCAUCAGAGAUGCAUGGAUGAUGCAGAUAUGAUGUUUUAAUGUACCAACCAGGUUUUAAAUACUGCAUUAUCAGUCAAAGAAUGACAGGUUAAUGUUUUAGAAGCAGGUCUUAUUCCCAAAAAACUAUAUAUAAGCCCUAUGGUGACCAAACUUGUUUGGAUGAUACAUCUACAACAGUAUACAUCUGCUGGAUCUGAUGUACAUUUUUUGGAUGACUGACCAAGUUUAAAUGUUUUAGAGCAGGAUCAUUUUUAAGUAACUAUAAGCCCUAUUGUGACCAAACUUGCAUAGAUGACACACCAAGGGAUCCACACUACCAGACUUGUUUCAGAUGCUGGAUCUGACCUAUAUUUACCAGAUGUAUGACCAGGAUAACACUUUUGGAGCAGGUCUAUUCCUGUGUAACUUUAAGCCUUAAGUAGACCAACCUUGACUUACAAAUCUUACCUUUAGUGGGUCAAGUUUUGGGAGCAAGUCCAUACUCAAGUAACUAAAAAUUCUGCCCAGACCAAACUGGCAUAAAUGUUGCAAUUGAUUAGUGUUAAACUGCCUUACUUACUUAUCUUUUUGAAUUAUUUGUUAUUGACAUAUGUGUUGCUUCUCUUUGAUUUUUUUUAUUGUGCAGAGGAUCACAUAAAGAACAACAACACCUAGGUUGUUGAUUACAAAGAUAGACAAUGGACAAAUCAUGAUUAGAAAAGCUCACUUGAGCCUUUGGCUCAGAUGAGCUAAAAUACAUGUAUGAUUUUCUUACUUUUAAUUUAACAAAUUACCAUUUAAGAAAACACUUGGGAGUACAUGACAUAUAUACAUUAGUACUUUUUUAAAAAUGGAAAGCUUUUAGCUUACCUGAGCCAAAAGUUACAGUGAGCUUAUUUAACCUUGUCUGUUGGCAUUGUUAGCUCCUAUGAAUCAAAGGCUCAAGUGAGCUUUUCUCAUCACAGGUAGUCCAGUAUGUGUCUGACCAUCUGUCAUCUGUAAGGCUCAAGGUAGCAAGAUUAGGGCUAAAUUAGGAGAUCACAGUUUUUUGUAAGAUAUAAAGGAAAAUUCUUAAGGAUAGAAGAGCUAUGCUUAGUCAUAUAAAUAUGCAAGCAUCUUCAAGCAAAGUUUUGAAUAGUUCUCUUAUGAAGGGAUACAUAUAGGAAGUUUCAGGUAUUGCAGAUUCAAUGUAUACAAAAUUAAAAUAAGAUUCUUUUAUAAGAGAAACAGGUCUACACUAAAUCAUAUUUAUAUGCACAGAUUCCCAUUGUGUGUGGAUUAAUUUUUUUUGUCCAAAUUAUGGACCCUGGGGCUAAGGUCAGACUAAAGUCUGGAUCUAAUUUUGCAUGCGUGUAGAGAAAAGAUGUCAAAGAAAAUAAUGUUAAAUCUUAUGAAAAGCAGUGCCAAAAUGUCCCAAGUGAGCAUUGUAGCCAAUGGGCCUCUUGACUUGCAUUUAGUUUUAAAAAAAAAAAAAUCAACUCAUGGCCAUUGCUUGCAGACUGUAAGUAAGGCCAAGCAUAUCAGCACUGUUGUGGUAUCAUCUUAUAUGAAUAUUGAAAGAGUUAUACACCAUUAGUUUUUCUU